AUGGAUUCGGAUCAAGGAAAGCUUUUUGUCGGUGGUAUCUCAUGGGAAACUGAUGAAGACAAGCUCAAAGAACAUUUCAGCAACUAUGGAGAGGUUUCUCAGGCCAUUGUGAUGAGAGACAAGCUUACUGGCCGACCUAAGGAUGAAGAGUUUCGCCAGUACUUUGAAGUCUAUGGCCCUGUGACUGAUGUUGCGAUCAUAUAUGACCAGGCUACUAACCGACCUCGUGGUUUUGGAUUUAUUUCCUUCGACUCUGAAGAUGCUGUAGACCGUGUGUUGCACAAGACUUUCCAUGAUUUGAGCGGUAAGCAAGUUGAGGUAAAGCGUGCUCUUCCUAAAGAUGCCAAUCCUGGAGGUGCUGGACGAUCAAUGGGUGGUGGUGGCUCUGGCGGUUACCAGGGUUAUGGUGGCAAUGAAAGCAAUUAUGAUGGACGUAUGGAUUCCAAUAGGUUUAUGCAGCACCAAAAUGUUGGAAAUGGUUUACCAUCUUAUGGGUCUUCUGGUUAUGGUGCUGGGUAUGGAAAUGGUAGUAAUGGUACCGGGUAUGGUGGCUUUGGAUACACUGGUUCUGCUGGAGGUUAUGGUGCAGGUGCUGCUGCUGCAUAUGGAGCGACCAGCAUCCCAGGUGCCGGUUAUGGAAGUAGUACUGGAGUUGCCCAGAGAAACUCAUGGGACAAUCCAGCUCCUAGUGGUUAUGGGAACCCAGGUUAUGGGAGUGGUGCUGCUCAUAGUGGAUAUGGAGUUCCUGGUGCAGCUCCUCCUGCGCAGUCACCAUCUGGCUUUAGUAACCAAGGCUACGGAUAUGGAGGGUACAGUGGAAAUGAUUCUGGUUAUGGAAAUCAAGCUUCAUAUGGUGCAGUUGGUGGGCGUCCUAGUGGUGGCGCUUCAAACAACCCUGGUAGUGGUGGCUACAUGGGAGGCGGUUAUGGUGAUGGAUCUUGGCGAUCUGACCCGUCACAAGGUUAUGGUGGUGGGUACAAUGAUGGUCAGGGUCGACAAGGCUAGUGGUAACUAGGGGAUUAUCACUACCCUGGUUUUUGGAUCCUUAGAUCAAAUCAAAGGCUCCUCAACUUCAUAACGGGGAAUAAGGGUACUUGGUUAAGAAAGCAGAUAUGGUGAGCAGAAGUCGAUGGAGGACUCAUCGAGGUGUGCUUGAGUUCUUAGGUGGAGCAACGACUCAUCGGGGUUGAAUCUGAGGUCUGUUUCCUACUUGGAGUUGAGGUAAAUUGCUUGAAGAAUGAAGAUUCAAGUUGUUAGGCUACUUAGGUUCAUCACGGGAAUGAAACAAACAUAGAUACAAAGGCAGCCACAUUGUUAAUAUAUCUUUUGAUAUUGUGGGUGUGGGGUUUUGAUCCGUAGUGGUGGAUAUUAGAUACCAAAUUAUCGCAAUUAUAGAAACUAGUGGAAACACAAAAGUGCAAAGCU